AUGUUCUACUUUUCACUCGUUUCAGGGACCUUCCAAAAAGUCGAUCAUGUGCCUUCGGUAUUAUCUAGCCAGGAGAAAGUAUGCUUUCUAAAAAAAUGUUGUGCAUCACCAAUACUUCGUUUUAUUCUGCAUUUACUGUCGGAUCGACGCCAAGAGACCUUGUGUUCAUGGUAUGGUGGACCGUUUGGGGUGAAGAUAUGGAACACACGAAAAUUCACCGAAUCUUACAAUGCUGCCAUGGGAACAAAGAUGAAUUUCACGAACAUAUCAAGAGCACUACAAGCUUGUGAGCAUAUCACUAUGGCUGCCGUUCGACUGUGGAAACGACUGAAGCAGGGCGAAUACUCGUUUUUCCCGGGUUAUACCGGUCAUGGGCUUCCACAAAUACCUCUUUCGGCUAUGCCUCGUGACGUCCCGGACCAAUUCCCGUUUGAGAGGAAGGGGAUCGUGAAAAAACAACCUAUCGCCAGCAACCACUACGGUCAAAUAUCCUACCGUACCCCUCCCUCUUCUGAGAGUCGAAGUCACCACACUCGCUUUCAACCAUACCUGCCUCUUUGCUCAGCCAUGCCAUCGCCGCAACUUCUAAGUCCUGCUCCUUCAGUAUCUCCACAAUCGUACAGCAGUCCUGAAACGAUUCCUGGAUUCUCAACCCUGUCACCGGGAUAUGUUUCGCUCCCGUGCUCCAUCCUCACUCCUCCACCAUCGGAAAAUUCAUCCUCAUUCUCUGAAUCACUGAACUCUAGUGAUUCCUGCUUAUCACAACCGUACAGUCCAGUGUAUGUCGAGCCGUCCUACGACUCCUACGCCGAAGAUGCGCCUACAGUCGAGGAACAGGCUCCAGAAGAAACUCCGGAGUUGAACAAGGAAGCUGUGCAGCACCAGCUCGAUCCUUCCGUAUUGGCUGAGUUUCUCACUCCUUUGGAAGGACUUCAAACGUGUUUCCAGCCCUCAGCCAUACCUCCUGCUCCAUUCCAAGCCCAAGCCACUCCUCCUGCUCCAACGGCACCAUGGGUUAUGGAGCCUGACUCAGGUCCAUGCGCGACAUACCUGAAGCACCACAGUGAUCUAGUAGAGCAGGACAUAUUUGGCAAUACCUCCUCAGUAUCCGGUUAUGAUCUAUCAAUCGACGAGACGAGCCUUCUCUAUCAUUGA